AGGAGUUGAGCAGUGAUUGAGCAGUAAUUAAGUGAAAAGUGUUACAAAUUAAAGACAAAAGUGAAUCGUUCAAAGAGCAAUUGCGGUGCUCUAUUGGUUUUUAAAGAACCUGAUAACUUUAAUAAUGGGAUCGAAUAUAAUUCCAUCCUUGUGCCUGCUGUAUGCCAUCUGGAUCACCUCACUACUCAUCACAAUCUGCACUGCACACUCAUCUUCACAGACUACAGUUGUACAACACACCGCUAGUCAUGAUCCCUCUGCUGAUGGCUUUUGGAAGAGGAACGUGGAAUGGAAGUCUCGCUGGGUGAAAUAUUGGCGACCGAAAGCGAUUUAUAUACCCGUUUGGAAGAAGGUUUGGACACCGCUGGUACAGAAUGAAUGGGUGCCGCUGCCAAAAGUACCGCCUGGUUGGGAAGUGCGCAAAGAUGGUGUGAUCGAUAGCACGAACAGUGGCUGGAGUAGUAGCGGGAGCAGUGCUGAUGGCUCUUCUGGCAUUAGCGUCAGUAGCAGCAGUAGCAGCAGUGGUCUACGCUCAGCCAAAAGCUACAGUGACUGGAGUAAGGGCAGUGGCAGUAUGUAUGGUGGUUGGAAGAAAGGCGUGAGACGUUCGCGGGUGCGUGAACUAGCUUUUGAGUAGAGCUCGAAUUAUUUAUUUGCUUACUCACACACAUCUUUGUAUUUA